CCUUGGAGUUGAAACCCCCCACCCAAUACUUUUCCCCCAAUUUGGGGUUGCCAAAACUACACUAAAAAAAACCUACUUUUUUCACCACCUCCGUUCUUCCAAUCUGUCACCACAUGUAGGUAUAUAUGGAACAAACAACAUUGUCCCAUUCAAUUCUCCCAUCCCAUCUGUCACAAAUAUCAUUAUUCCUUUCACAGAUCCCUCAUAUAAACUCUCUCUGUACAUUCCCAAAACCCAAUCCCCCAAUUCAUUCAUUUGCUUCAAUCGGAUUCCGAUUUGAUAUACCCAUUUGUUGAUUAUUCCAAUGGCGCCACCGCAUUGCGUUUUGGUCACCGGUGGUGCCGGUUAUAUUGGCAGUCACACCGUCUUGCAACUGCUCUUAAGCGGUUACAAGACGGUGGUCAUCGAUAAUCUUGAUAAUUCUUCUCAAGUUGCUAUCAAUCGAGUUAAACAACUCGCUGGUCAUCAUGCUCUUAACCUAAUUUUCCAUAAGAUCGACAUCAGGGACAAGCCUGAAUUAAAGAAGCUUUUCGCCUCCACAAAGUUUGAUGCUGUUAUACAUUUUGCUGGAUUGAAGGCUGUUGGCGAAAGUGUGCAGAAGCCAUUGAAGUAUUACGACAACAAUGUUGUUGGCACUCUAACUUUGUUGGAAGUCAUGGAAGCUCAUGGAUGCAAAAAGAUCGUGUUUUCGUCGUCAGCUACUGUUUACGGUUGGCCAAAGGUGUUACCAUGCACGGAAGAUUUCCCCUUAUCUGCAGCCAGCCCAUAUGGACGAACCAAGCUCAUGGCUGAGGACAUUUUCCGUGAUAUUUACGCUUCGGAUUCCGGAUGGAAAAUGAUAAUGUUACGGUAUUUCAACCCCGUGGGGGCCCAUCCAAGUGGAUGUAUCGGUGAAGAUCCUUUGGGGUGCCCGAACAAUCUUAUGCCGUAUAUUCAGCAAGUAGCGGUUGGCAGGCUGCCUGCGCUGAAAGUGUUUGGAACCGAUUACUCGACCAAAGAUGGAACCGGGGUGCGUGAUUACAUCCAUGUUUCGGAUUUAGCUACUGGGCAUCUUGCUGCUUUGAGAAAACUCUCGGAUCCUGAAAUAGGUUGUGAGGCUUACAACUUGGGAACUGGUAAAGGAACAUCGGUUUUGGAAAUGGUGGCAGCGUUUGAAAAGAUCUCCGGAAAGGAAAUUCCUCUUGUAAUAGCUGGAAGACGUCCCGGCGAUGCUGAGGUCGUAUAUGCUUCAACCGCCAAAGCAGAGCGUGAGUUAAACUGGAAGGCGGAGAACGGGAUAGAGGAGAUGUGCAGAGACCAGUGGAAUUGGGCGAGCAAGAACCCAUACGGUUAUCUCAGCAAAUAAACCGGUGCACCAAAGGGCUGUUGUGGAAUUUUACAAAGUCAAAGUCAAAGUCAAAUUAUUUAAGUAGUGAAGAGAAGGUUAGAUAGGGUAAUUAUCAUAAGUUAAACAAUAAACAUUUGAUAGAUAGUCAUAUUCUUUUUCAAUAUUUAUUUAAGUGUCCAGGGGUACCACCCUUUUACUUUUUACAUAUAGUGCAAUUUAUUCUUCUUGUAUAUGACAUUUGACAUCUGGUGUUUUGUAGCUAUUGAAGAGGCAUGUUACAUUAUUUAUUAUUUACAAGAUUCUGUAUUUGAGACUU